CAGUUACCAAUUUUGAGUGCCUUGAAAGUAUUGAUUUUCUGCCUAUUUAAUUGAUGAAUAGGCAGUAGCAGCUUACAACUUGUCUAUCAACAACAUCAUGCCAGAUGCUGGAGCAGCCACUGCACCUGGCCAACUCUCAGCUGACAUCAUGCCUGGCAAAGCUAUUACUUUUGACGAAGUUGAGUCCUUGGCGCAGAUUGUGUCUCGGCUGGAGAAAGAGCUCUGCUGCCUCAGGAAACACAUUCCGCUUUUUUCACAGUUGCUCAACUACAUGAACGUGCGUGUGGAGGCCGACUUGAAUGUUGUGGCUGAGGUUCUUCUGUCCAUGUUGGACCACAUGCAAAAGCAUCUAUACAGCUGCUGGCGGCUCCUUAUGGAUUUCUAUAAAAGUGCGGAUGGGAACGAGUCUCUUCCAAACUCUCUUGGGAUCCUGGAAAAUAUAACCAAACACAUGCUCUGCUUCAAGAGGAGGUGUGAGGAACGUGUGAAGCUACAACAUGGGAGGCAGCCGCAUGGAUCUCCCUAUGCACGUUUUCUUGCCACGGAGCUGCACUACACCAACUGUGAACAUGCUAAGGUAAUGGUUCGACGUACGACCGUAUCACUGAUACGGCUGCAUAGUUCGCAUCUGAUUGCCGGGAAAUUUGGCCUCAACCGCGACUGUCUGACCAGACAACGCGACUUGCUUCUGUCGUGGGAGGGUCGAACCCCGACGGACAUUACGGCUCCUGAGGAAAGCAAAACAAACUUGGGAAUGGACUUGCCCUCUCCCGCAGGCUCUUUGCCUUCAGAGGAGUGUGAUGCUAGGAUUUCUCUUCGACGUCUCACUCGCCAGUCUGCCGCCACUGCUGGAGGUUCUGGUGCUGCAAGUCCUGGUGCAGGUGCUGCUAAAUCUGCCGCAGGUGUUGCUACUUCUGCAGCAGAUGCUGCUACAGGUUCUGCUACGUCUGCUGAAAGUCCUGCUACUUUAGCUGCAAAUGCUGCUACAGGUUCUACUACGUCUGCUGCAAGUGCUGCUACGUCUGCUGCAAGUGCUGCUACGUCUGCUGCAAGUGCUGCUACGUCUGCUGCAAGUGCUGUUACUUCCACUGCAGGUUCAAUAUCCAGUUCGGGUUAUGUGAGCCGGCAGAGAGGAAGGAAUAAGAAACGUUCUUCUCCAUCUUCUGCUGCUCUCUCUCCUCCGCGUAAAAAACUACGCUCGUCACGUGCGCUCCCAUCUCUUGACAAUGCUAAAUCUCCUGACAAGAUUCUCUCUAAUUCGAAAUCUCUAUCAAAAUCAGCACACUCAGCGCCUGUACUUGCGAACAACUCCUCCACGUCUUUGUCCAUAUCCAAAGCUAAAUCUUCACUGACUUCUAAGCUGUGUGGCACAGCCCUGUCGUGCAAAGCUUUGGUGACAGACUGUAAAGCUUUUCAAAAUAAAGCUUCUAGUUUAAAGCUGAAAACUUUACCGGCUAAAGGUUCGGGCGAAAUAAAGAAUGGUCGAACUUCAGCUGCAAAAAGUCGAAUCUAAUUAGUUUCGCCUUAUCUAAUCAUCAAAUGGCUCCUGGUUGUUGGAUAAGCUGCCUGAAACGAUGCGCCGAAAAUUUCUCAGAGACCUGAAACAUUACAAGCUCCUCCUAAAGGUUCGUUCGUUUACGGAAAUUUUUGGCGUCAAGCUGUUGCGUCAGCUUCUUCAUCUUGUGGCCGCCUCCGCCCAAGCGGUCUUUUUGUUAAAGUUUUUCCCCGAGCCUCGAAGUCCCGUAAAAAGUCCCGCACAUUCUUUUAUAAUACACAUUAUUUUCUAGAGAGGCUGAAGUGAGGGUGCAGGCGAUGAAUUUUGCAUGAUUUUUUUCGUAUUUCUUAUUGUGAGUUUGUGCUUGACUUGCAUGUUAGUGUUAUGUUCAAACAACACUAAUGUGUAUUUGAAGAGAGGGUUCUACGUUUCCAUCAAUCCAGACCUGAAAGCCGCCUGCCUCAUGGGUAUAAACCAGUUUGUUACAGAUCGCGUGUGUUCAAACAAUUUUUACUAGAUAGUGGCAUUUAGUGUUAAGAAAUGCCUGUGAUAUAUAUGUCCUCUACGUGCAUACAUCGUGUCACGCGAGGCUCCUAGUUCAUCCUUGGUCGCUUAUUGCGUUUCUGACUUUCUGUUAUAGGUAUUAAAAUCAAUCAAACAUGGAUUCAAUUUGUGAGUCAACUGGUUCAAUAGAACGGAAAAAUGUUAUAAUUUCAGUUCAGAAAUAACUUCCAUUUUCUACUGACAUUGUACAUUCAUCAGUCAGUCCUCAGUGUUAGUCGUACUCGUAGUCCUGACAACCAGAACACUAGACUUUAAUUUGCUCUGUUGACAUCCUAUUGUGUUGUGAUAAAAAGUUCUCAAUUUUUUCGUAAAAUCAUAACUCGCAGGAAUUUUCUAUGUGACUCAGUAUCUCACUUUUUGAGCAAUUAAGUUCACUGAAGUAUCUUUCUCCUUUCAUUUGAUCCCAUCACCGUAUGGGACUGAUUCAGAUUCAUCUUUUUCGAGCUAAUAUUUUUGACUUACAUUUGAAAAGUAAUGAUGUAAAUAAAGACUACCCUUUUG